AUGUGGGGACUUCUCCGAACACGAACGUGUCUGCGAUAUUCCGAGGCCCUUCUUCUUCAUCAACCAUGGAAGAAGACGGUAGGGUUUUGUUCUUCGUCCUCCGUCGACGGCCGUAAAUGCUUUCUGGAACUGCCGGAGAUCGAGAAGGUUCUGACGGAGAUCAAAGCUGACGAUGUGAAGGUGAUACCGAUUCCCAAACACUGUGAUUGGGCUGAUUUCAUGGUUCUCGCCACUGGCAGGUCCACCUGGCACGUCAAGAACAUCGCCCAAGCCCUAAUUUACAAGGCUAAACAGAAACAGAGAGGAGCUGACCGAAUGAUGUUACCGAGUGUGCAAGGGCAAGCUGGAGGAAAGUGGAUCGUCAUUGACUCUGGCAAAGUAAUAGUUCACGCACUUGAUGAAAAGGCUAGAGCGUACUACAAUUUGGAGGGUCUUUGGACCCCGGGGACAAUUCAAAAUGCACCUGAUGGGGAUUUACAAAAGGCUUUGGUGAAGGUUCGUCGGAAAAACAAUUCGAAGAAACCUGCACAAAAGAAUACUUAA